CACAGUUGACGGAUGUAUAGACUGGUCUGUGGACUUGAAGACGUAUCGUGUGCUGGCAGGAGAGCCACUGAGGGUUAAAUGUGCUCUGUUCUACAGCUACAUUCGCACCAACUAUAGCGUGGCCCAAAAUGCCAAGCUGCGGCUCAUCUGGUACAGGAACAAGGGCGAUUCUGAGGAGCCAAUCAUCUUCUCAGGUCAUCGGCUCAGUAAGGAGGGGGAUUCCAUUUGGUUCCGCUCAGCAGAGAUGGAGGACAAUGGAUUUUACACUUGUGUGCUCAGAAACUCAACAUACUGUAUGAAGGUGUCCAUGUCGCUGACAGUCGAGGAGAGUGAAGAGGGACUUUGCUUUAGCAGCCGAAUACGUUACCAGGAGAGAGCCGAGAUCACCAAGAGCAAAAUGAUCUCCUGUCCUGACAUUGAUGACUACCUGGCGCCCUACAAGCAGCCGAUCAUGACCUGGUACAAGGAGUGUCAGAGGAAAGAGUGGAGGAGCUCCAUAAUCAUCAACACCACCAGUCUGUGGAUUCCAGAGGUGCAAGAAGACGAUGGGGGAAAUUACACUUGUGAACUUAAAUAUGGCAGCAAGGUUGUGAGACGAACCACCGAGCUCAAAGUCACAGCACUUCUUACGACCAGACCACCUAAAGUCUUGUUCCCGUCAGAGAGACAAGCCAGUGUUAUAGACGUCCAACUCGGUAUGCGUCUCAUCUUAGACUGCAAGGCUUUUUUCGGCUACAGCGGUGAUUCCAAACCGAUCAUCUACUGGAUGAAGGGGGAUAAGUUUGUAGAGGAGCUGGAAGGACACAUAAGAGAGAGUGAAGUCAGGGUGGUGCGAGAGUUUCUGGGGGAGAAGGAAGUGGAGCUGUCUCUCGUCUUUGACGCUGUUGAGGAUACUGACAUGGGAAACUAUACCUGUAAUGUAGAAAACCACAUCGGUCGUGGCAGUGGAAGUGCCAUCCUGCAGAAAAAAGAUAUGUACAGGUUGGAGCUGGUUGGUGGUCUGGGUGCCAUCAUGCUGUUAUUGGGGAUCUUCACCGCCAUCUAUAAGUGCUAUAAUGUGGAGAUCAUGCUGUGCUACAGACAACACUUCGGCAGCGAUGAAGCAGAUGAUGG